ACCUGGACUCGCUUGAACCUCGUCUAUACUUGCAAACUUGUGCGGGAUCCGAGAGGUUUAGUCUCCUCCAGGCCUGGGGUACUUUCAACUCCAUUCCUGUCUUUGCCCCUGGAUCUGUAUGUUAAGGCUACUCAAGUCAGUUAGGACUUUGAGGCACAAGAAUCCUUGAAGCAAGCAGUAGCUAGGACAGGCUCAUAUUCAAGGGUCAAGAGGGGAGCCACAACCAUGUCCGUUCACUGCGUGCUAGGAUGUGGGUUAGCCUGGGAUCCCCCCUUCCAUUGCUGUUCUGCUCCUGCCCCGACUUUGGGGAGGUGUCUUUGACCAGUAUCUGGUACCCUUGGCUCACAGGGAACUGCAGGAUGGCUCUCCCAGCCCCCACCCCAGGUGUGCGGUGCCUCGCCCUGGGGGUGGAGUUGGGGGGCGCCAGCUCCGCUGCGGCUGCGCUGCAUGACCUGUGCAGACUCCACACACCUGGCCACCCCACGGACUUCAUUAAAGCCGCGCGCCUGUGGUACCAGGGCGAGCUCAGGAGAGGGAGCCUGGGCCAUGGAACCUACGGAGAAGCUCUGCAAGAAAAUGCAGGGCCAGGAAGCUGGUGACAAGCCCAGGACUGCUGCACUGGAGACAGAGGGACCACUGCAGGAUUCUGCCCUGCCCAUCCAGGAUGAUCAAGACAAGCAGUCCUCACUCCCCAGGGCUAGCUUGGGGAAGAGGCCACUGUCGAAGACCUCUGAGGAGUUAAUGGAUGCUGGCACGUGCAGAGUGCACAAAGCCCCCACAGCAGCCGCAUGUGGUCCCCAAUCCGAGGAAGAAGGUUGUUCUCCCCCAGAGAGAAAGGCAGAAUCGCUGAAGCCAUCCAUUUCUGCAGUCCCUGGCCAAGCCACCGCCGGUUCCCUCAACUCUCAUGAAGGGGACCUGAAGAAAGAAUCCCUAGAAGUGACCUGUCAAUUUCGGAAAAAGACCCGAACCCUGUACCGCUCAGACCAGCUGGAAGAACUGGAGAGGAUAUUUCAGGAAGACCACUAUCCUGACAGUGACAAACGCCAUGAGAUUUCCCAGAUGGUGGGGGUAACCCCCCAAAGAAUCAUGGUGUGGUUUCAGAACCGCAGGGCAAAGUGGAGAAAAGUGGAGAAACUGAACGAGAAGGAAACUAAGAAUGGUCCUGCAGCCCCCAGUGCUGACAGCAGCCAGCACAGAUCUGCUCCUGAGCUCCUAGACCCUAUGCCUACAGACCUAGAACCUGGCCCUGUUCCUCCAGAGAACAUCCUGGAUGUCUUUCCUGAGCCCCCCAUGCUGCUGACUUCUGAACAGACUCUGACCCCCUUUCAGAAUAAUGAGGGUGCUGAGAGGGUGGCAGUGACUCCACCACUCCUCAGUCCCCCACCUAUUCGAAGGGCCAACCUUCCUCUUCCUCUGGGUCCUGUUCAAACUCCUCAAGUACUGCCUCCAAUGAGGGACGUUCCUGGCAGUGACAGCAUAUACAAGGACAAGGCCUAUGUGUCCUGGGGCACUAGUGGAGACUCAUCACAGGAUUAUUGCCCAGGACCCCCACCAGGUCAGAUCUUGCUGCAGCCACCUGCUGAAAACAUGGGUACAGGACCCUGGAGUGGCCAUUGCUUGCCAGAACCUCCCUUCCCUCGUCCACACUACCCACAGGCUCUGGGACAACCCCUAGGGGCAGAGGGUUACUUUCCUAACCUAUUGCCAACUCCAUAUGCUCUGACUAUGAGUAAGCAGUCUUCAUUAGGCCUCAAUGGGCUUCUCGAAGGCACUAGAGUAGAGACCGGGUCCUCACUAAGCAAAAUGUCAGAUGAGCAGACUUCCUCUUCCCUCGAGCAGCCCGCACUAGAGGAGGUCAGAGACAAAAAUAAGAAUAGCCAUGCCGCUGGAGCUAAAGAGUAAAGAGAAGGAAGUCCUUAUGGGAGGCCUGGGAAGGGGGAAGAAUAACCCUGAAGAAUGUGAGAGGCUAUGGACUGGCCUGCUAUGUUGGUCCAAGGUCUUUCCAGCCUGGGCUUAGAGAAGGAAGAGAGCUGCCAUCUCAUUUCCCCCUUUACCCUUUA